AUGCCUUCCUCAAGUGGCAACUUUUCUUACAUCCCUUCAUCUUUGAAUUCGAUUACUUUGCCACCAAAUCCGUUUGAAGUCGACAUACGCUACACCCCACUCCACGUUGCGCACGAACGACAGGUCCGAGCCGGGAGAGAACACGGGUCCCAAGAAAUCAACGCACAAGAGCUUGAUAUUUUCCAACCUUGUGCUCAUCCUCAGAGAGAGACUGCAAGCCUAGAUACGUCGGGCCCACAGAAACGAGCCAGCAAGGAGGACGCGACCGUUUCCGAUUCGGACGGCGAGAGCUCUGAUUCGCCAACCGCACCCUUACUCGGUCAACCAGGCGCACAAGGACAGGACGAAGAAAUAUCCAUGGGCAAGAGGAAGGCGUCGCCGCGCACGAAGAACGUCGUAACCAACGGUCACGCAGCGGAAGCCGCAAACGGCCACGCCAGCGACGGCCGCGCAAAGUCAACGAACAUGGAAUCUUCAUUACUUGGACAUCGGCGUAGGCAUUCGGUGCUGGACUCACCUACGUCUGCAUCAGGUGCCGUGCAUCUGAUGAGCAGGAGCAACUUCUCGCUAGACGAGGAUGUUCCUGACAUACUUAGCCACGAGAAGGAUGGCAAUUCGAGAGGAUUUACGGACCUGCCUGAGCAGGAUAAGAAGAACUUUUUGCUCCUAGUACUGUUGUACUUCUUGCAAGGUGUGCCGAUGGGUCUAGCCAUGGGCAGUGUCCCGUUCUUGCUCAAAAAGCACGUCAGCUACGCGCAGAUGGGCGUCUUCUCCCUAGCUUCGUACCCUUACUCCUUAAAACUGCUGUGGUCGCCCAUUGUGGAUGCCGUGUGGAGCCCAAACGUUGGAAGAAGGAAGUCGUGGAUUCUGCCCGUUCAGACAAUGUCUGGUUUGAGCAUGCUAUGGUUGGCGGGAAGAGUAGAGGCUCUGAUGGCGCACGCCGCAGAAAACGACGGUGCCAACGUGUGGGGAUUCACGUGGUGGUGGUUUGGCCUGGUAUUCAUGUGUGCGACGCAGGACAUCGCAGUGGACGGUUGGGCAUUGACGUUGCUCAGCCCAGAGAACUUGAGCUACGCGAGCACCGCGCAGACCGUGGGCCUGACGGCUGGCCAGUUCUUAUCAAGCACGAUUUUCUUGGCGUUCAACUCGGCGGAGUUUGCGAACAAGUGGUUUCGAAGUUCGCCUGGCGAAACUGGUCUCAUUUCAUUGAGUGGAGCGCUCUCGGCGGCUGGAUGGCUGUAUCUGAUAGUCACAGUGGGUCUGGCCGUCGCGAAGAAAGAGGAGCUUACCAAGAAUGACGAGGGUGUUUGGGAUGUCUACAAGGUCAUGUUUGGCAUUUUGAGGCUGAAGCAUGUCCAGACACUGAUCAUUGUCCACUUGAUUGCGAAGAUCGGCUUCCAAGCCAACGACGGCGCAACUAUGAUGAAGCUGCUGGACAAAGGUUUUGGACAGGACAACCUCUCACUCACGGUACUGAUUGAUUUUCCCUUCGAGAUUGGUCUUGGCUACUACGUAGGGAAAUACUCGUCGAUUUAUGGCCCCAUGCAACUGUGGAGCCUCGCCUUUGUAGGCAGAAUUGGGGCCGCGCUGGUUGGACAGUUCAUUGUUUGGGUAUUCCCAAGCAACGGCGUUUCCUUUGGCUAUCUAAUGCUGGUCAUCUUCGGGCAUGUCUACUCCACGUUCAUGAACACCGUCAUGUUCGUUGCCGUGAGCGCAUUCCACGCAAAGAUUGCAGACCCGGUGUAUGGAGGUACCUACAUGACUUUACUUGCUACCGUGUCCAAUCUCGGAGGCACAUUCCCGAAAUAUUUCAUCCUCAAAUUCAUCGACGCAUUCACGGUGGCAACAUGUGUACCACCCACGUCCAUUCCACCCGAUCUUAAGGGUGAUCCAGUUAUUUCACCUUUUUCCUGCGUGCUGGAGCCGGACAAGACAAGAUGCUCGGCUGGUGGAGGUACUUGUAAUACCACGACUGACGGGUAUUACAUCGUCAACAUUCUGUGCGUCAUUGUAGGGCUUCUCACUUUCUAUGCCUACAUUAAACCGGCUGUGAAGAGAUUGGAAGCCCUUCCCGUCCGUUCGUGGAGACUCGUCGCGUAG